AUGGUAGAAUAUCUUGUUGAACAUGGCGCUGAUAUAAAUGGCAAGGAUACUGACGGAUGGACUGUGCUGCACUCUGCCGUUAAAAAAGGUGCUCUGGAAAUUGUUAAACCACUCGUUGAACAUGGCGCUGACGUAAAUGGAAGGGAUACUAAAUACGGUAUGACUGUGCUGCACUACGCUAUUUAUAAAAGUAGUCUUGAAAUGGUAAAAUAUCUUGUUGAAAAUGGCGCUGAUAUAGAUUGCAAGAAUUAUAACGGGUGGACAGUGCUGCACUAUGCAGUUACGAAAGGAGCGCCAGAAAAGAUAAGAUAUCUUGUUGAACAUGGGGCUGAUGUAAAUGGCAAAGAUGCUAACGGGUUGACAGUGCUGCAGUGUGCUGUUACUGAAGGUACGCUAGAAAUGGUAAAAUAUUUUGUUGAACAUGGCGCUCAUGUAAAUGACAAGAAUUAUAACGGGUGGACGGUCCUGCACUAUGCAGUUACGAAAAGAGCGCCAGAAAUGGUAAGAUAUCUUGUUGAACAUGGCGCUGAUGUAAAUGGCAAGGAUAAUGACGGAUGGACAGUGCUUCAGUGUGCCGUUACUGAAGGUACUUUAGAAAUGGUAAAAUAUUUUGUUGAACAUGGCGCUCAUGUAAAUGACAAGAAUUAUAACGGGUGGACGGUCCUGCACUAUGCAGUUACGAAAAGAACGCCAGAAAUGGUAAGAUAUCUUGUUGAACAUGGCAUUCUGAAUAUGGCUGUUGUGCAAAACUCGGCUGCUUUGGUCAAUCUUCUGUUGGAAAAGAACAUUGCUGUGUGGAGAGCUGGAACAAGUUUUGUUGCAAGAAGGCAAAUUGGUCUUCUUGAAUGGAGUAUUCACCAUGGUCAUGAUGAAAUUGCAUCGAUCCUCAAAAGGUCCGUAAAACAUCGUAAGAACAUUCAAAUGUUGGAAGCAAUGAAUUGUAACCAGUUAGAAGAGACAGAUAUACCGAUGCAGGCUUUUGUCGCAAAUAACCAAUUCAAGAUUGGCGAUGGUGGUUUUUCUUGUGUCUAUGUUGGUCUAAUGAAAGAUGGAAGUGAAGUUGCUGUUAAGAGAAUUUUGGUACAAAGUGAGGCUAAAACAGCUGAAAACGAAAAGGAAAUUCUGAGUCUCGUUAAAACGAGCAAUUGUCCAUUUAUUGUGCACUAUCGUUAUUUUCACCGUGACGAUACCUUCAUGUAUCUUAUUGUUGAUCUUUGCGAAGAAACCUUGAGGGAACUUGUUCAUGCAUGCAGUAUUGAACAUCUAUUACAGCAAGGAACACGAAUGAUUUCGGAGAUUUUGUCAGGACUUGAAUUUCUUCAUGGUAAAGGAAUAUUGCACAGAGAUUUAAAACCAUCAAACGUCCUGGUUGACAUCGAGGGUCGCAUGAAAUUGGCAGAUUUUGGAAUAAGCCGUGUUCUAGAAGACGGCGAGACGACAGUUGAGACAGAUGCAAAAGGUACUCACGGGUGGAUGCCACCAGAAGUGAUUGAAGCAAUAGUGAAAAAAGAAAAGAGUCGUUUCAAAAGGAAAUCGGAUGUCCAGGUAGCGGGUAUGAUUGCUUUCUUCAUCUUAACUAAAGGUGAACACCCUUUUGGAUCUCCAUUAGAUCGAAUGAAAAAUAUUUUGGAGGAUAAUCCUGUCAAUUUGGAGAAACUUGGUGACCGCGAUUCUCGCAGGUUUGUGUCGUGGCUAAUAAAUCACAAGAUUGACGAUAGACCUCGCGCUGACGAAGCAUUGUGUGAUUCUUUUUUAUUCUAGCAAAAGAAACAC